UUGACCGUUUCCCGUUUCCCGUUUCCCGUUCCUCGUCUCCCGUCUCCCUCUUCCUUCUCUUCCUUGUUCUUCAAGUUCCCUCUACGACAGCGGGAAGUCGAGUUCGGCAUUGCCAUCAUGUAUCGGAGUCGAGGCCUGGUAUUACUGGGUACCAUCCUGUCGCUUGGAUCCGCUUCUGCGGCAUCUUUGCCCAGGGGCGUUGGUCCUGAAUUUGCGAAAUAUUACGAGAACAUCCGAGACGGUUUCUCGUGCAUCGGCCACCCCAAUGUUCGACUCGGCUUCUCUCAGAUCAACGACAAUUCGUGCGACUGCCCAGAUGGUUCCGAUGAGCCCGGAACCGCAGCAUGCGCCUACCUCAACGAUCGCUCUCCGCCUCAACCUCUCCCCGGUUCUUCUUCGGGUAGCACAAACACCACCAAUGUCCUCCCCGGGUUCUGGUGCGCCAAUGCCGGCCAUUUGGCCACGUACGUCCCCUUCCUCUACGUAAACGACGGCGUCUGUGACUACGAACUAUGCUGCGACGGCACCGAGGAAUACGGCGGCGUGGGAGGCGUCAAGUGCGAGAACCGCUGCAACGAGAUUGGCAAGGAGUACCGCCGGAUGGAGGGGGAGCGCAAGAAGGCCCAGGAAAAGGCGUUGAAUAAGCGCAAAACCAUGGUCACGGAGGCCAAGGUGCUCCGACGCGACGUGGAGGCCAAGGUUGCGUCCCUCAGGCAACAGAUCCAAAAACUCACUGCCAAGAGGGACGAGCUGGAGAAGAGGUACGAGGAAAUCAAGCGGGCCGACGAAAGCAAGGUUGUCAGGAGCGAAGGAGAGGGCGGAAAGCUUGGCGUCCUUGUCGGGCUCGCCAAGGACCGCAUCGCCGAACUCCGCGAGAGCUUGGAGAAAGUGGUCGAAAACCGAAGGGAGCUCCGAGCCAAGGUGGACGAGCUCGAGGGCAUCCUACGUCGCUUCAAGGAAGAGUAUAACCCCAAUUUCAACGACGAGGGUGUCAAGCGGGCUGUCAAGGGCUGGGAAGACUAUGCUGCCAGAGUGGCCGGAGAAUCGAACAGCGCAGUCUCGGAUGCCGAGUUGCGCGAUGUCUUGUCCGAGGACUCGGAAGACACCGGUAUCAAUUGGAAGGAGUUUGAGGAGGAGGAGGCCUCGGAUACGGAUAUCAUAUACAACCUCCAAGCCUACCUUCCCGCUUUCGCUCGCGAUUUUGUCCAGUCCAAGCUGAAGCUUCUCCAUUUCUGGCUCGUCGACAACGGCCUCGUUGCCGAAAACACGAAGCCGGGAACGGAGUCUCAUGCCGCGAGAUCGGCGCGCGAAGCCAAAGAUGCAGCAGGCAAGGACGUCACCAAGAAGGAAAGGGAGCUCAGCGAUCAGGAGAAGGAUCUCGAGCUGGACUACGGCGUCGACGACAUCUUCCGUGUCCUCAAGGACAAGUGCGUGUCGACCGACGCGGGAGAGUACGAGUACGAGCUCUGCUGGAUGGGCUCUACCAGCCAGAAAUCGAAGAAGGGCCACGGCAAGACGAAUAUGGGCCGAUACAAGAGCAUUGACUACGAAAUGGCCGACGAGGAGGACCGCGCGGACGGUAAGAGCCUUGGUAGGGGCAGGCGGAUGGUGCUGCGCUACGAGGAUGGGCAGCAAUGCUGGAACGGCCCGAAGCGAAGCACGGCUGUUUGGCUGGCCUGCAGCGAGACGGAGGAGCUGUGGAAGGUGUCGGAGUUGGAGAAGUGCGUGUACAAGAUGGAAGUGGGCACGCCGGCGGCCUGCGACGAGUUGGUUGAGGCGACUCAACCCAGGGCAAAGGACGAGUUGUAAGUGAGUUGGAUAAAAAUGGGGAGUCUCGAUACGUGGGCGGUGUAAAUAUUGUAUUGAGGGAGCCGGCGUCGUAGCAUGGGGGG